GGUAUAUAAAUUCCUUUUUCUGCGAUUUAGUUCCGAAUAACUAGUCACCAAAAAUUUCUUUCACUAGCUCGCUUUUUCGAGUGAGGUUUGGAUCUGCAACAAUUUUUUGGAAGAUCACAAGGGAAAUCGAUCCAGUCACUGAAGAAUUUGUGGAUUUAUUGUUUUCUUGUGUUGAUCAGUGAUCAGUGAGACGAUUCAUACAACAGACACGUUCUGACUCUGUAUGUCGUUGAAGGAGCAGGGAUAAUUAUAUCAGUUCUUGUUCUCUGAGACUAUGGAUUUGUAUAUCUUGGGGUUUCUGGUUUAGAUUAAUUUGUUGUGCUCCAUUGCGGGGUUUGAGGGCAUUAUUUUAGUAAUAAAUCUAUAAGGGUUGUCUCUGGAUAGCUAUUUAGAUAAUUAGAUUCUGAUCACAAGGUGGUGGUGGUGCUGCCCAUGGUGCUUUCUCGAGUGACUGGGGGGUUAGCACAUUCUUCUUCUAGUUCUGGCAUCUUUUUCCAGGGAGAUGGGCAGUCCCAAGCUGUUGGAAACUCUCACUUAAGUUCGUCUUUUGGAAAUUCUUCGGCAUCAGUUCCUGGAACUGCACGAUCUAACCUUGGUCCGGUGUCUGGUGAUGUGAGUAAUACCAUCUUGAACAGUGUGGCGAGCUCAGGGCCAAGUGUUGGGGCUAGUUCAUUAGUUACAGAUGCCAACUCUGGACUUUCAGGAGGUCCUCAUCUUCAGAGAAGUGCCAGCUUUAAUACAGAUUCUUACAUGCGCCUACCUGCAUCGCCCAUGUCAUUCUCAUCCAAUAAUAUAAGCAUUUCGGGUUCAUCUGUUAUGGACGGACCUGUGGUGCAGCAGAGCUCCAAUCAAGACCCAAUCUCCCAACAAGCCCAGCAGCAGCAAGGUGCUUCAAAUGCUUCGUCCUUGCCCACAUCACGAAUGGGCCAAGUUUCAAUUCGCAAUGGCCAACGGGGUCCUGGAUCCUUCAUUCAGGAGCCAGAUAAUAUGUCCCAAGCGCAGAAGAAACCCCGACUUGAUAUCAAGCAGGAAGAUAUUCUGCAACAGCAGGUUAUGCAACAGUUGUUGCAGAGACAGGACUCCAUGCAGUUGCAGAGACAGGACUCGAUGCAAUUGCAGAGACAGGACUCGAUGCAGCUGCAGAGACAGGACUCCUUGCAGCUGCAGAGACAGGACUCGAUGCAGCUUCAGAGACAGGACUCCAUGCAGCUGCAGAGACAGGACUCCAUGCAGUUGCAGACCCACAAUCCUCAGUUGCAAGCUUUACUUCAGCAGCAGAGACUAAGGCAACAACAGCAACAACUUCUGCAGUCUAUGCCACAAGUGCAGCGAGCUCAGUUGCUGCAGCAACAGCACUUGCGACAACAACUUCAACAACAAGCCGUGCAGCCUGUAUCUGCCAUGAAGCGCCCCUAUGAUGGUGGUGUCUGUUCUCGUAGGCUAAUGCAAUACCUUUAUCAUCAGCGGCAGCGGCCACCUGAUAAUACCAUUGCCUAUUGGAGGAAGUUUGUGGCAGAAUAUUAUUCCCCACGCGCAAAGAAAAGGUGGUGCUUGUCUUUAUAUGAUAAUGUUGGGCAUCAUUCACUAGGUGUUUUCCCCCAGGCAACUAUGGAUGUGUGGCAAUGUGACAUUUGUGGUUCAAAAUCUGGCAGGGGAUUUGAGGCAACUUUUGAAGUACUCCCAAGACUUAAUGAAAUCAAAUUUGGCAGUGGUGUCAUAGACGAACUUCUGUUUCUGGACUUGCCCCGUGAAUGUAGAUUCCCUUCUGGAAUAAUGAUGUUAGAGUAUGGAAAAGCUGUUCAAGAAACUGUAUAUGAGCAACUUCGUGUUGUUCGUGAGGGCCAGCUUCGUAUCAUAUUCACACCUGAUUUGAAGAUAUUGUCUUGGGAAUUUUGUGCACGGCGCCAUGAAGAACUUCUUCCUCGUAGAUUGGUUGCACCACAGGUGAAUCAGCUGCUACAGGUUGCACAAAAAUGCCAGAACACAAUUGCUGAAGGUGGACCUGAUGGGGUUCCUCAGCAGGAUUUACAGACAAACAGUAAUUUGGUAAUGACAGCUGGGCGUCAUCUUGCUAGGACAUUGGAGUUGCAGUCGCUGAAUGACUUGGGCUUUUCAAAAAGAUAUGUCCGGUGUUUGCAGAUAUCUGAGGUUGUUAAUAGCAUGAAAGACUUGAUGGAUUUCUGCAGAGAGCAGAAAGUUGGGCCAAUUGAUGGCUUGAAAAAAUAUCCUCGACAUGCCACUGCAGCCAAGCUCCAGAUGCAAAAGAUGCAAGAAAUGGAACAACUAGCAGGCAUUCAGAGUAUGCCAACCGAUUACAACACUCUCAAUAAGCUAAUGGCAUUGCAUCCUGGAUUAAACAGUCAAAUGAGCAAUAACCAUCAUAUGGUUGGUAGAGGAGCUUUGAGUGGUUCGGCACAAGCUGCUUUACAACUGACUAACUACCAGAAUCUUAUGAUGAGACAGAAUUCGAUGAAUUCAAACUCUAAUUCACUUCAACAGGAAGCAUCAUCUUCCUUCAAUAAUUCUAACCAGAAUCCGUCUUCAGUGUUUCAAGGGCCCACUUCUGUACUGUCAGGAACAUUGCAGAAUUUACCAGUUAGCGGCUUCUCAAAUCCCCAGUUACCCCAGCAACAGCAGCAGCAACAGCAACAACAGCAGCGUUCCUUGAGUGGUAAUGGCAUACACCAGCAGAACCACCCUCAGCAAUCCCAAGGCAGCCAGGCUUUGCAACAGCACAUGAUCCAGCAACUGCUGCAGGAUAUGAGCAAUAACAAUGGUGGAGGGAUGCAACAGCAGUCCCAUGCUGGACAGAAUGCGAAUGGCAAUGCGGGUAGAGAUGGAUUAGGAUUUGUAAGCAACACAACAGCAGCGACUGUAGCCUCUGUUAAUGGGCCAGGAAGUGUUAGUGGUCCCACACCAAGCAGAAGCAACAGUUUCAAAGCUACUUCCAACAGUGACUCCACUGCAGCUGGUGGCAACAACGGAUUCAACCAGAAAGUACCAGAUCUGCCCCAGAAUCUUCAUCUGUCCGAGGACAUAGGUCAUGAUAUAGCUCAUGAUUUUACGGAAAACGGGUUUUUUAACAGUGACUUUGACGAUAAUAUGUGGGUUAUGGGUGGAAGGCGCGACUGACAUGAUUUGGCCCUUUUAUUGGCUUUCACUAGGUAAGUGUCUUGUACAGGUUAUUUGGAAGGGCUUCCCUUUUACAUCUCUCUCUCUCUCUCUCUCUGUCUGUCUAUUUUUAUUUUAUUUUAUUUUAUUUGAAUUAUAGAGUUUGUUGUGAUGUCAAGCACUUGUACUCCAGUAGGUUUUUAGUUUUUCCCCAACUUUUGGCUCUGCAAGUCUCUCAAUUGUAAUCUAGUGGACAAACUCUUGAACAGCUUCAGUUUCACAUUAAUAUGGUUUUCACAUCUUCCA